AUGGACCUGCUCGAUACACUCGACUUAUCACACUUUCACUCGAGGAAUGAGCUGCAACGGGCGGAGUUCUGCAGAAAGCUUCUUCAUUCAUUCCAGCAAAAGGGAUUCGUAAAGCUCAUUCAGCAUGGCCUGAGCGCGGAAACAGCGCCUCCACUGAUCGAAUGGGAUACGGAGCAGAACCAAGCCCUCUUUGCCCUGAGUCAGGAAAAGAAAGCAGGCUUUGCGCACCCGCCACGGCCAAACCCGCACAGAGGAUACAGUCAUGUGGGACAGGAAAACAUCUCUGGCGUCACCGGUUUCGAGUGCGGCGAGGAAAGUGGACAGAGAGUUGUUGACUUGAAGGAAUCUUUAGACCACAGCGCCCCCGAGAACAAGACGUACCCAAAUAUCUGGCCGGAUGAGCGCGACCUCCCUGGUUUCCAGGACGCGCUGGCCCUGGCACUCGGCCUGGACGAACACUUCUUCGACUCCCUAAACGAUGACCGCGCAAGCGAGUUACGACUGCUGCACUACCUCGAAGUCCCCAAGGCCCAAAUCGGCCAAUGCGACCAGAUCCGGAUCGCAGAACACACCGACUUUGGCUCCCUGACUCUCCUCAUGCAGGACGGCUCCAACGGUCUAGAGGUGCAGGACCCAGCAACGGGCUCCUUCUUCUCAGUGCAAUGCACCUUUCCAACGCUAAUUCUCAAUGUGGGCGACUCGAUGAUGCGCUGGAUGAACAAACGCAUCCACUCGGCGUGUCAUCGAGUUCCGAUCACUGCUGAGAGGAUGUCUCCCGAGACAGACUCCGUGCCUGCCCGACACUGCAUCGCGUACUUUGGGAAGCCGAACCCCGGUGCAUCGCUGAAGCCUCUCGACACGUUGGUCAGCGAGGAGUAUCCUGCUGUUCUUGAUGAUAUGAAAGCGCAUGACUAUGACCAGAGUACGCUGCGUCGGAUCUAUGCCGCUGCGUGA